ACUGCGGAGGACAAACGAAGGCGCAGCUUCCAAAACCCGCAGCAGCAACAGGCACGAGCGGUGUGGACUGAGGCACGGGGUUUGUCACGCUCAUAUUACAUCACUACAAACUCCAACACUAGAACAGUACUCUAGAAGAGGGGCAAUGAGGAAGGCUGGAGUUGUCUUACACGGUUUUCUUUAAUACCCCGUUGAUCUCUGGAGUUUUUCAGUGCACGAGACUGUAACUGGCUUCUCCAAACUUUGGAGAGGAGCAGAGGAAAGAGCGGUGGUCAAAGAGGAAGAAAGAGUGGGGUGGAGGAAGUGAGGGAGAGGGUGAUAAAGAGGAAGAGUGACUGGGAGAGAGAUGGAGUCGCUAUCAGCCGAGUCAGCCACGGUGGAUGAGCUAGUGAAGGCCUGCAUCAAUGCUUUCGAUGACACAGGGAAAUUAAAGGACUUGCCAUUGGUGCGGAUGUUUCUGAUGAUGCACCCCUGGUACCUCCCAUCCACAGACCUGGCCAAGAAACUCCUGCUCAAGUCUCAGGAGGAAGGCUGCACUGCCGAGCUCAGGAGUCGAAUCUGCCACCUCGUCAAGUUCUGGAUCUCAGAGUUUCCUGUCGAGUUCAAUCUUAAUCCGGCUUUGGCUGAACAGAUUCGAGAUCUGAGGGAUCAGCUCAACACCGAGGGCAAUGCUCAGGAGAGUCAGCUCAUCGACGUUGAGAGUGUCCCUUCAUAUAAGUGGAAGCGUCAGGUGACCCAGCGUGUGCCAUCCAUGUCAAAAAAAAGGAAGAUGUCCCUCCUCUUUGAUCACUUGGAUGCCUCUGAACUCGCAGAACAUCUUACCUACCUGGAGUAUAAGUCCUUUUGCAAGAUUCUGUUCCAGGACUAUCACAGCUUCGUGAGACACGGUUGCACGGUGGAUAACCCCAUCCUGGAGCGCUUCAUCAUGCUCUUCAACAGCGUCUCCCAGUGGAUCCAGCUUAUGGUGCUCACCAAGCCCACGGCCCAGCAGCGCGCUUCCGUCAUAACGCACUUCAUACGAGUCGCACAGAAACUGUUGCAGCUGCAGAACUUUAACACCCUCAUGGCGGUAGUUGGAGGCCUCAGUAACAGCUCCAUUUCCAGGCUCAAGGAGACACAGGCCCACAUCAGUAACGACACCAAUAAGAUCUUUAACAGUCUGCUGGAUCUGGUGACAUCGUGUGGGAACUACAGUCAGUACCGGCGGCGCUUCUCGGAGUGUUCAGGUUUCCGGUUCCCAAUCCUGGGCGUUCAUCUGAAGGAUCUGAUCGCGGUGCAUGUGGCUCUACCAGAUUGGACUGAUGAUGAGAAAACGCGUGUGAAUCUGACCAAGACCCAACAGCUCUACUCCAUACUGCAUGAGCUGGCACUGGUCCAGACUACACCGCCCAACAUAGACGCCAACCCCGACCUGCUUAACCUUCUCACGGUAUCACUGGACCAGUAUCAUACAGAAGACGAGAUAUACCAGCUCUCACUACAAAGGGAACCUCGAUGCUCCAAACCAGCUAACUCAAACCCCACCCCCAGCCUUGCAACUAAGCGACUGUCGAUGGUUGAUGAGUGGGCAGCGUCGGUGAAGCCUAAAGCAGAUCCUGCUAUCAUCACCAAACACAUUGAGAAGAUGGUUGAAUCUGUCUUCAAGAAUUUCGACACAGAUGGAGAUGGCUAUAUUUCCCGCGAGGAGUUUGAGAGCAUCAGGAAUAAUUUCCCCUAUCUCAGCAAGUUUGGAGAGCUUGAUACAAACCAGGAUGGGAAGAUCAGCAGGGAGGAGAUGAUAGAUUACUUUAUGAAGGCCAGUUCACUGCUGAACUGCAAGAUGGGCUUCAUACACACGUUUGCAGAGACCACUUAUGUCAAGCCCACCUUUUGUGAACACUGCGCCGGAUUUAUAUGGGGCUUUUAUAAGCAAGGAUACAAGUGCAAAGUGUGUGGUGUGAACUGUCAUAAGGCAUGUCGCUCACGGCUAGCGGUGGAGUGUCGCAAGCGGGCGAAGAGCAUCAGUCAUGAGACUCCGCCCGCCCUUCAGGCUCGCUCUUACAGCUUUCCACCUCCGUCUAACUCGCACUCUAAUCUUCAGGAUACAGUAAUUGCAGAGGAGGACGCAGAGGAACUGAGGGAGGCAGUGUUUGAUGUCCACCUAUAAUCCAGAUUUCUAGCCCUAGCUCUGUAACCAGUGGAAUCUCAAACUCAAAAAUCUUACAUACUUACUACAGGGACUUAUUUCUGUGAAAAUUUCAAGUUUGCAUCUCAUCCAGCACCAGAGAUAAUCAACCCAAAAUUAAUGGAAAUUUUUUUAAAAAAUGGAAUUUCUUGCUGUCAUGUAAAUAUCGGAGGACCAGAGAGUGUGAUUCCCAUCAGUCACUGCACCUCACCUGAUCACACCACAUGACUGUCUGCACCUGAUUCACAUUUGGGGCUAAUGAUCACUUUUAUAUGUCAUGUUUUGCACCUCACACAUUGUCUUGCGUUUGUCUUAUGUUGCCGUUAUGUUGUCUAGUUUCUUAGUCCAUGUUAUUUCUCUCUGCCCAUAGUUCAUGUUUUAUGUAUUUAGUUUAUUGUGUUAGUACUGAUAGUACUUGAUUAAAUUCAUAUCUACACUUGCCUCCAUAAAAAACAAUAACCAGAGGUCUCAAACCUGAAAUGUUCUGCAUGCACACUUAACAAAUUUCUGAGACUUGAACCCUUCCCAUUAUAAAUCGCCCCUAAAAGUAGAUCUGUGAGCAAUCUUGAGCAUUACAUUAGAACUUCAGUUCUAAGUCUAAGGAAGAAGAAUGUGCAAAAGGUUUAUAUAUGUACAUGUAAAUGUUUUUGUUCCAAGGAGCUAGGACCAUCCUGAGCUGAGGUAUUGAGGUUUCCGUAAACAGCUGUAUAACCAAAAUUUGUUGUGUGCCAUGACACAAAGAUGGCCGUCGUGGUUAAACCGAAUAAAAUAAAAAACUAUUUUAAAAAUGGUGGUUUUGCAAUGCCAAUACAUAGAGUUAAUCACUAAAAAGGUUUUUUUUUUUUUUUUAGAAUUUUUUUUUAAAUGGUCAAGCAACCAACUUUACAAUUGUUGUACCACUUGAGAUGGAUUGACCCUUUUAUUUCUGGAUUUUUUCUCUGUUUUUUUUUUACUCUUCUUUAGGCUUAUACAUACAUUCUUCAAAAAGUUAAGUGUCACCUUCAGUGGACUGCAUGCGUUCAAACGAGGAAUUAAUGUCUACUCUAGUGGCUGAUCUGCAGUUAUUCUAUUGAAAUCCUUAGCCAGAAAAUGGCUUUUGAAUAGCUGUCCACUGUAGUGACCACUAUGCAUGAAAGGUUUAAAAGAGCAGGGCUAUUAACUUCAAUAUAAGUGUGACUGAUAUCUUAAGUGUGAAUCUCUUUUGUAAAACUGGCUAAGCAAAUGCCACAGCUAAGCAAUGCAUACACAUUUCUGUGUACUGCAUACUCACUAAACACGUUUAAAAACGUGGUGUUAUGUAUUCAUCAAUCCUGUUCAAUGUUCUCUCUGUUCCAUUCACUCGGUAUCUCUGAGAGUGCUUUGCGUUAAAAUGUAGGUUCAUGUUUUGGAAAUGCAAACUGGCCUAAUGGAUGGAUAAAUCGGUGAAGAAACACAGUCCUCAAUUAACUUCGGCCUUUAAAGCACUCAGUGUUUAUCGUUUCUAAACGCACGUUUAUCUUUCGAGCACUUUAAAUGCAGCUUCUCUGCUAGGGUCCAGGCUUUCAGUAGCUUAUUUUACUUUUUUGCACCCUGGAGCUUGUGCUUUCAUAAGGAUGAUAAUAAAUUCAUUACAGUUUCUUUUUCAACUCUUCAUACUGAUGCCACUGUGGGAUUUAUUUUUUUUUUUUUGGUGACACUUAAAAGGCAGUGUUCACAACACCUACAUAAAUAUGUCAUAACAACGGAUGUAAACCUAGAUGUAUAAUAAUCUAUAAAAACAUUCAUAACAUGUUUGAAUACGUUUAUAAGCCAUACAUUAUAUGUAUUAUCAUUUUUCUUAUAAAAAUGCAUUGCAUUUCCAUAGCAGUGUCGAUUAUGCAUUAUGAACUGUUAUUAUGUUUAAUUAUAGCCGCACAAAUUGUACACAUAUAUUGAACAUUAACACUUUCUGUGUCCUGCGAACACAUUCAUAACCCGUUAGAAUGCAUUCAUAAGUCAUUCAACGUAUUGUCA